CCACGCCUCCUAAAUCGCCGGCUUACAGAUGAUUGUUGAAAACCAAUGAAUGACCAGGGCUUCACAAAAGGCUAAUAACGGGAGAGGAGUCUUCGAACAUUACACACACUGCACCCAGUAACUGAGACUCGAGCGUUCCCUGCCGGACAACAACAUGGGCAAGCGCAAAACCAAGAACAGCGUCAAGCAAGAGGACCAACUGCCUCUUAUUCUGGAUCCACCGGUGGUCAAGAGUAAAUCGCGCAACCAUUAUGUUCUUAUGUGCUUUUUAUUAUUUGUUGUGGUCGUUGGUGGACCACUCCUCAGCUGGCUUUGUGUUCAACAACAGCAGUCCAUUAACGAGUUGUCAGAAACCUUUACGUCCAUGCAGAUGAAAUUUGUGAAGUUCCAACAGCAUGAAGGGACAGACAACCCACAAUUGGGUGGCAUUGGCCAUUUUGAAGAGAGGCUGCUAGCUCUGGAGCAGGCACAGUCCAAGGCCCAACAGCAGGCUGACAUGGCGCUGACAGCUGCCGAGCAGCUGAAGGAUUCAGACCUCCACUCUCAGGUGUGGGCCCUGCAGGCUGAGAUGACCACAGAGCUGAACUCCAAGAUAGCCGAGCUGCAACAGGUCGGUGUGUCCGUUGCUUCCCUGAAUGCGCUGAUCGCGAACCAGACCAAGGAGCUGGAGGCCGUGAAGCAGAGCGUCAGUGACAUCCUGAACUCCAACUCCCAGCUUGCCCUCAGUAUCUCCGGCCUCACCAGCAGCAUUACCAGUGCGGCAUCCCAGCUCGACCAGCAAGGCAUUGUGGUGGAUGACCUGAGCGUGCAGCUGCAGGAGCAGGCAGAUGAGAUCCACAGCCUGAGGGAAUCUUUCUCAAGUCAACAGGAAUCGCUCGAGUCCAACAGCCAGGAGGUGCUGGAACUGAAGAGCUUGUUGGUGAUGGCGCGAAUGAAGAGGCAGAAGUCUCUAAAUAAGCAACUGAAAGCUGUACAGCAGAGCUUAUCAGAGCAACUCAACCAAGCCCACAGCCUCCAUGAUGACCUGGAGGCCCCUUUGCUUGCCGUCCAUAGCCAGUUACUCCCUGGUAGUGAGGCAGCUGAAGAGGAACCGGCAGCUGAAGAGGAACCAGCAGCUGAAGAGGAGGCACAGGAGCCCAAGGAAGAAGGUCAAGAAACUGAAGUGGAAACAUCUGAUGAAGAAAUCGCCGCAGGUGAGGAGACGGCAGCAGGAGAGUCCACUGAUGAGACAGGUGCACUUGACGAGGAAGCAACAGACGAGGCUGCUGACGAAACUUUGGAGACAGAAGAAGCCAUGGAUUCUGAAGAGGAAGCAACUGGAGAGGCUCUGCAAGGGACAGAAGAUGCCUCUGAAGAACCACAGGAGGAGGAGGAGGAGGAGGAUGUUAUGGAGGAACCUGCAGAUGAAAUAGCAGGAGAAGACACUGCAGAAGAAGCUGACGAAGAAAAUGCCGAUGAAGAAACUGAAGAAUUAGAGGAAGAGGAGGUAGAGGAAGAGGAGGAAGAGGAAGAAGAGGAAACAGAAGAUGAAGAAGGAGAACAGGAAGAAAUAGAAGAAGAGGAGGCAGAGGAGGAGGAGGAGAAUGAUGAAACUACAGAGGAGUUGUCAGAGGACUCAGACAGUCAGUCAGACUUAGAUGAACCGUCAGAGGUUGACGAGGAAUCUAUUGAGGAGGAAUCUGUUGAUGAGGAGGCUGAUGCUGCAGAGGAACUUGAAGAUGAGCCAUCAGAAGAUGUGGAAGAAUUCGGAGAGGAUUUCAUGGAGGAAACCACUGAAGAGGACAUUAAGGAUGCAGAGUACGAUGAUGAUGAUGAUUUUGCAGAGUUUGAAUAGCAUACAAAAUAAGGUGCUUUUUCAAAAGAGCAAGACAAUGAAGCAUUAAACAAACAUGGCUGAAUCAGCCGUUUCUUUUGAUACUUUUGAUGUUUGUUUUCAAGAGAAACUUUUCUCAUAGUCAAGAUGAUGGCACUGCCUUAAUUGCCAUGUUCAUUCGGGUGAAUGUGAUUGAAAUAAUACGGAAUUAAAUUGUGGUCUCAAAAAAAGACUGAAAAAAGAAUAAAGCAAAACAACCUAUUUAUAUGAGUUGCCUGCACAUUGAAAUCAAAUACUGUAGAACAUGGAAAUGUUGGCCGACAAAGCCUUAGAUAGACUGGACUAAUUUAAUAUAAUUUAAUCUCACUGAUUUUCGGAAAAAUAAAAAUUAUUUGUAUGUUUUGUACCA